UCAGGCCAAGCCUCAUGGGUCAACAUACCGGCGCGCAAAUCGCCGAUGCGGGGUUGCAGGCCAAGGUCGUGGAUACCAUCCUCAUCAACGCCACGGCCAUUUUCGACGAAGAUUAGUUUUGGAUUUUUCUUCACUGGCUCGGUGUGCUCCUCCUCCCAUGAUGAGCACAGAAGCGAAAAUGACAAGGAGGGCCAGGUUUUCUUUUUUCCAUCUUUUUUCCGAAGAAUCUCCUAGAAGGGUGAAAUGUUUUGUACAAGGAUUUUCGUAUUUUCUUAUUCUCCUUCUUGCGAUCUCUGUCUGGCGAUGCCGUUGGAUAAAUCAGAUCUCAAAUCAGUUCUUUUCAACUCUGUUCUACCUCUCGCCCGCACGAUAUUUCGAACAAUACAAAUCUCGUGAAGCCUCCCGUCGUCGUUGUCGUGGCUUUUGCACGUUCUCUGAACACCCCUCCCUUCCCCUUCUCAGAAGCACGGCGACAAAAAUACACGGAUACGGUUUUGCUUUUCUUUGUAUCUUUCUCACGUGGAGGAGGAGGAGGAGGAGGGGGGGGGAAGAACAAAUGAAUUUUUAUAUAUUUAAUAUCUAAGAUUGAAUCAUUGUUUCCAUCAUCCGAAUUCCAAAGAACUGU